GUCACGUUAUCAGCUGUAUUGGCUGAGAAUCCGUUGGUCAUCAGCUCUCAAGGGAUUUUCAUUGUUUAUUUGUUUACGUUUUCUGGUUUGAAGAAAAGUAUCUAAUGCUAUUUUAAUGUGUCCUUUUCCUCAUGAUGACUUGCCAAUUUGAAAAGAUUGCCAGUAUUUUAGAAUUAGAAAAAGUCAAAACGUGUUUGUUUAUUCAAGAGCCCUCAGAUAACUCAGAUGAUUUUGAAGAUGAAUCAUGGAAUUGGUCAGUUGAAGAAACUGUAACAUCAAAAGAAAAUUGGUUAGAAGAAUGUGAAAUAUCUUUAUCUCCUACAAGCGAGCUCCUUGUUUUAUCUCAUGAAAAGAAUCUUGUCAUAUUAAAAGCAAAAUGGGAUUCAGAUGGAGAAAAUGGUGGUGACAAGAUCAAGUAUUUGUUGUCUUGGCAUGGAGAUUUGUCCUUAGAUCCCAGCGAAGUUAUCACUUGUCUGCUAUGCCUACCUAUCUGUGCUCAAGGGAAGUUGAGUGCCCAUUGUGGAGCAGAUUGGACUUGUAUAGCUGUUGGCUUCAGUAGUGGGGCUGUAAGAUUUUAUACCGAGAAAGGAAGCUUAUUACACUCUGAAGUUUUUCAUGAAGAACCUGUCCUUCGACUUAAAUGCCAGAGCUAUCAGCCAAUGUACAGUUCUGUCCUGGGUACUCAAUCAGAUGAAUUAUUUGUUAUCUAUCCUGGAAUCGUUUGUUGCAUUCAAGGAUUUGUUUUGUGUAAUACGAUAAAGGCUUGCAGGAAUCAACUUGCUAGAGUACAGGCACGAUGUGGCGAUCGCAUCGAUGCUCCUCCUUUAGCACUCACUAAAUGGAGCUUAUCUGAACAAGAAACAAUUAGUGAUGUUGGCAUUCUUGGAAGCCAGGCUACGAACAGUUUUGGUCAUUUGACCACUGCAAGCAUAAGAGGAGGAUAUUACGCUCUUUACAGGCCUUCCCCUCCACAGAUAUCCGUCGCUAUUGCUUCCGGCGUUCGCCCUUAUGUUGGCUUUCAUUGCAUAAUUGAAGGUACUGCCAAUCCUGUUCUUACAGAUGUUGCCAAGGCUGUCGCAACUAAAGUCAAAUCGGCCAUUGGCCAAGUCGUACCUGGAUGGCUUGGUGGUGGUAGAAGGCCAUCUUCUGUUGAGAAAUCCAAAGAAAAAGGAACUAUUGAACCAGCAGAAUCCAUGUCUUGUAGGUUUGGCCUUUGCGAUGCAAUAAGGAAAGGUGAGAGGAUUUUCAUGUCUCCUGAAAAAUCUCUAAGUGUUACUUGCGACAGCCUUGGAAGGGUUGUUUUAAUUGAUAAUUUAUCUGGUAUCGCACUAAGAAUGUGGAAGGGCUACAGAGAUGCUCAGUGUGGAUUCCUUCCUAUCGAGGAAAAGAAACAUGGAAGAGGGAGGAGAGCACUAUUUUUAGUAAUUUACGCUCCUAAAAAAGGUAUCAUCGAAGUUUGGGCCUUACAACAGGGUCCUAAAAUAUCUACGUUUACCGCAUCUAAAAAUGGCAGACUUCUAUAUGUUAAUUAUGGACUUCUUGGUGUCAAUGCACUGUCGAUGAUGUCAUCAAAUGCUAGUCAUCACCCUUGCGUUUUCAUAAAUAAUGCUGGUGUUAUUAGCAAAGUUAUUGUUCCUUUUCAUGCAAUUUUAAGCAAAAGUGAUCCAAGGUCGAGGGAUGAACAUAUUUUAAAGCAGAUAAAAAGAGCUUUAUCUAAUUGCCACGGUCCCGAGUUUCUGCAGCUGAUGACUCAACUCAUUACGCCGCAAGCAAAAAUACAGGCUUUGGAAUUGGCUGCAAAAGCUAAGUUUAUAACCCCCGAAAUUCUCGAUUCUGCAAUAGUUGGGUUUCUUGAAAAGUUAAAAAGCAUAGAAGAAGAAAAUCUUGGAGCUGAAGAAAAAAAAUGUCUACUGGUUUGUGAAAAUUUGCAACGCCUUCUCAAAUUCUAUGUUAUGACCGUAACUCUGCAAGCUGAACCUCCUCGAUACAGCACUGUCGUUCCGGAUUCCCCUGUUGAUGAUGAUGAGGGGUUGGCUAAAGUUUUGCGAUUAACAAAAGAAGAAACUCAGCGGUUUUUUAAUUUUAUUACUAUCGAUUCUGAAAAGAACAGUCGGUCAAAGGUGAAGUUUGAUCAGCCUGAUAAUAAGUUCAGCCUGUUUUUGAUUUCAUUUCUACCGUCAGUUAUGAAACCGCCUCCUCUUCUUGUCGCUCACAGUAUGACCAGUUCUGAUCUGGCCAUGAUUGGUGAACUUCUCUGUCAAUGUGUUUUGUACGGAAGUUGCUCAAUAGAAAAUUGGAAGAAAGCUGCUUUUGAAAGUUGUAUCGAAGCAAGUUCAUUAUUACAUUCCGCUAUAUGUUAUUGGUUAAAGAAACCUUUAGGGAACAACGCUCGAUCUGAAGUGAUCCUUUUCAUGCACCUCAUGGUUGCAAUUACUUUGCUUUCAAGCCAAAGAGAAACUGUUGAGUUUUGGGAAAAUGUUCGAUCAGUUAUCACAGAAAGUACUAAUAUAACAAAUGCCCUCUCAGCUGCGAUCAUCGCAAGAAGUGUAUAUCUUAACAUAGAAGAUCAGUUAGCAGAUGACAAUGAUAGUGAUUGGGAAACAGUUUCUAGUGAAUCGUGUGUUUGGAGCCAGUUAAUAUCUCAAGUGGAAGCUGUAGCAUUAUUACAAUCCACAUUGAAUUACAAACCUUCACAAGAACUGCCAAAAACUAUUAUGCCAAAUCUAGAAUACAACAAACCCGAUUUUUCAUUGUCAUACAUUGUCAACAAAGGACCAGGAUCUGUAUGUGAAAGUGUGGCGAAAUGGGUUUCUUCUUGGGGCCUGCGACCGGAGUGGCUGUCAACACCAUCGGAUGCUUCCGAAGUUAUAGAGGAAGACGAUCUACCGAUUGGCGCAGUGAUUACUGGCUUCGAUCCUGGGAGUGACCCGACUGUUGAAGCUAGAGAAACCGUACCUGAACAGGACCGUGCAUUAGUUCUGUUGAACGAGCUGCGUGCUCAUUUUCCAUACAGUUUAGCCCAAGGUCCUCUAGUGGCUGGUCAGUCUUGGGAGUACGUUUCUGCUUGGGCGAGAGAUCCUGAUCAGAUAGAACUGCUCACUGCCUCAUUGAGAUCUCUCACUAAUAUUACAAGCCCUCAUCUUAGGCAAGGUCUAUGCUCAAUUAUUUGGAAUGUUCAUUUAAAGUCCAAAUUUGAGGCAACCGUACGUCUCUUGCAUAAAGUGGGGAAACUUCCCAAAGAGAAACUUUGUCGUACCGAGAUUAACAUCUCUGAUACUAAUGUCAAGCACUUUUUAACUAGAUUAACUGAUUUCAUUGAACUUUUUUUGGAGUGUGUUUCUGCUGCUGAAGUAAGUAAUGAAAUGACUAAAAUCAAAGUUGAACCUCUGUGGACGGAAUGCCAGCCAUCUCUUGCAGAAAUAUGCCUUGCUCAAGCUCCCCCUAAUUCAGGUAUUCUUGAACUACAUGGCAUCUGUAUAGCUGUUCUUACGGUUCUCGCUGGACUGCCUUUAAGACUUCAUCAUCCCAUCACUUCACUUUUUGAUUCUUUCAGUGAACAGUGCUUGUGGCGGGAUAUCAAGGAUGGCUGUACAAUAACUUUGCCCAUCCCAGAUCCAAAACUUCAAUCGAACAGACUUACUUUCCUCACGAGAGCUUUAACAGCAGCUAUAGAACCACUUGCAGGCGAUGGAGAUUUAACAGAAACCAUUGCCUGGAGUCGUUUAAUUUUUUCAAUUGCAAGAGACUGGUCUAUUCCUCUAGAUACAUUACGAAUCCACGAAGUCUGCCAGUAUUACCUUGUGAACAGAGAUAGAAAUGCUGAAGAGGUAUUUCCCGCAGUCAAUGACAAAGAAAAAUUGGCCCACCACCUGUUGAUUAUUGUUGGACAAAGAAUGAAAACCCAUAUUGCUAGUUCACAUGAAGCUUUUGCAGAAAGAUUGACUAACCUCGGUCCUUCUCUUACUGCAUGGGUCCAAGAUCAGGAAGCUUUAAAGGUACCAUGUAACAUCAAAGAUACUGUCCAGUUGUCAAAAUUAGUGGCAACACUCCUGCCAGAAACCUCGUCUAAUAGUAAAUUAGCAUGCCACUUAUUCAAUGCUAUAUGCCCUUUGGGUAGGUAACCUUGUUGCUGCCCAAUCCAAUUACAGUAUUGGAGUCUUGUAAUUGCAUUAGUGUGUAUAAUGUAGUGCGUUUGUAUUAAUGUUAGUCGAGAAUAAUGAUUCUGUGGAUAAUUUAAAAGGUAUCUGGAAGGAUGAAAUAUGUAAUUAUAUUAAUCAUCAUGAUACUCGUCAAUGUUUAUAAAGGAAAGCUAUUCUUAGUGCCUAGAGAGUAAUAAACUUUAUUUAUUAAUAUAUUUUUAUAUUUAUUCUCACCUGUUUAUUAUUAUUAUUGUUUGAGUUUUUGUAUGUUGUGUCGUCUGGAGUGUUCAUAGUUGUUUCAUGUUGUUAAUCAUUUAUAGAAUAUCAUGUGACAUCUUCUGUUCAGUUCUUGGUUUAUUUAUCCACUUGUACAAUUGAAUUUAUAUGAGUGGCCUCAUAUCAAAGACGGAUAUUAUAUUUAUAAAAAGUUCAGAAACAGCACAUUUUCUGUAACACAUCUUCAAUUUAAACCAAUUCUAAUGAUUUU